UGCUGAUUCACAUGAAAUCCCCCCUUUCCGAUAUGCACCAUGCGGCCAAACAUUGAAGCUACAAAAACUGGAUGUUUAAACGUUAGCGACCCAUCUCCCACUACCGUCGUUUCCAGACCCUUAUGUACAACUCCAGUUCAGCGGUCGAGGGCGCUGUGGACGCUAAGUGGAACGUACCCAUGGCGUCUACUACAUGAAAUAGCCCAGGAAAUAGCCCUUACCGGCUUACCCUUAGCUUUUAGCCAGAGUCAGUUCGAGUUCGGCGGAUUGAUUGUUCGCAGCAACCAAUUUCGUGUAACCAAUGACACCCGGCUUCAACCUCAAAAUCCCGAAUGUAAACGUAAUAAUAAACUAAAUUGUAAUCUUUGGUAGCGUUUAAUGUGUGUCAGUGUAGCUCAAUCAACGAUUAGAAAAAAACAAUAAAAGUUAAACAUGUUCGAGGCGCACAGCAUAAAUGUGGAGCACAAAGAUUUAAUUCAUGAUAUUGCGUACGAUUUUUAUGGUCAACGCAUGGCAACAUGUUCCAGUGAUCAGUUCGUUAAGGUAUGGGACGAAGAUGAGCAUGAAAAUUGGCACUUGACCGCUACUUGGAAAGCACACAGUGGCUCAGUCUGGAAAGUAACAUGGGCGCAUCCUGAAUUUGGUCAGGUUUUAGCAACUUGUUCUUUCGACAGAACUGCAGCAGUCUGGGAAGAAAUAGUUGGCGAAGGUUCUGGUCCGGGAGAAAGAGGCAUGCGCCACUGGGUGAGAAGAACAAAUUUGGUGGAUUCUCGCACCUCAGUUACAGACGUGAAAUUUGGUCCAAAAACUUUGGGCCUCCUUCUAGCUACUUGCAGCGCCGAUGGUGUUAUAAGGAUAUACGAAGCUCCUGACGUCAUGAAUCUCAGUCAAUGGACUCUACAACACGACAUUAGCUGUAAACUUGCCUGCAGUUGUAUCACGUGGAACCCCUCUUUGUCCAGACUUCAUUCGCCGAUGAUCGCUGUUGGUAGCGACGACUCAAGUUCUUCGGGAGGGGGCAAAGUAUUCAUAUAUGAAUACUCUGAGAACAGCAGACGAUGGGCCAAAACUGAGACUCUUUCGAACGUCGUUGAUCCCGUUCACGAUAUUGCAUUCGCAUCUAAUUUAGGCAGGAGAUUUCAUACCCUCGCCAUUGCAACAAAAGACGUUAGAAUUAUGACUUUGAAACCGAUACAAGAUACAGCACAAAAUGGGCUCUCGCGGUUCGAGAUAACGACCGCCGCUCAAUUCGACGACCACUAUUGUACCGUUUGGCGUGUUUGUUGGAACACUAUGGGCACGAUAUUGGCGAGUUCUGGGGACGACGGUUGCGUCCGUCUUUGGAAAGGCAAUUACAUAAAUAAUUGGAAAUGUGUCGCUGUACUCAAAGGUGAUGGAACUUCGGCGCAAAGUGCCGAAAUCCCACAGAUAGCAACGCCUCCUAGUCAUCCUACAAAUAAUCAACAAUCACUUUCUACAACAAGGACAGUUAGCAUUGCAACGAUAAACGCUGAGAAACCGACGGUUUGUGUGAUGUCGGGAAACAAAUGGCAGGGCCCGGUAAUUAAAGGUCGUUUUAGUAAAACCGUUUGGAUGGGUAAUCCGAGCGAGCCGUCCCCGCCACCGCCGCCGAUUCUGGAUCGGCCAAGAACCAAAAAGUAGAAUUAAAAACAAAAGAAAACAAAAUCAAUAUUUUUUAAUUCAUAUUUUGAAAAAUUCAAUCAGUUAUUUGGUUUUUCCAUGUCAAAUCAUUCGUUUUCAUUUAUAUUUUUCGUAUUUUUCACUCGAAUAUCCAUCGUGUGAAGAUUUUUUCAGACCACACUUGUUGUCAAGAUUUGGGAUUCCUAUUUUUAUAGUUCUAGUUUCCAGCGAUCUCAUUGUGAUAAGAAAAAAAAGAUCGAUCGAGCGUUGCGAAAGUUCGAAAAAAAGCGCCAUGACUUUCGAUUUUAAUUAGCGUACGUAUCACUUUACAAUAUAAUCAGUAUUAUUUCUAGAUUUUUGGAGUAAUUAUACGUGCAGUGGAAUUUUUUUACGUUAACUUUAUCAUCGAGACUUUUCAUCCGUAAAUUAGCGACUUCGUUACUUAUUUUUGCAGAUUUGCUCAUUUUUGAUUGUACUUUUCAAACAUAAUGUAUAAAGAUAAACGAUGCCGUUUGCUGAUCAA